AUGCUCGCCGAGGUGAAGAAGAAGGGGCGAGUCCAGCUUACCGUCAAGGCGGGCGCGCAGCCGCAGGAGUCGCCCGUGCCUCCUCCGAGGGAGAAGCCCGCAGGGGAGCGCGGCGGCGGCGGUGCGCAGGCGGCGGCGGAGGCGGCGCCGAGGCCGCCGCCUGGGCCCACGAAGGCUCACGAGUUCGUGGUGUGGGCGGACAUGGGCCGGUACACCGCCCUGGGCAUCGACGUCAGUUGGGAGGACGGCAGGACGCUGUUCGUCAACGAGGUGAAGGGCGGGGCCGUGCAGGAGUGGAACUCUGGACAUCUGCCACACCAGCAGGUGGCCGCGGGCGACCGGGUCGUCGCCGUGAACGGGUACUCGGGCGACGGCGAGCGCAUGGCGGAGCUCUGCCGGGAGCUGGCCGACGCGCAGGGGCGGGUCCUCCUGCACGUGCGCGGGCCGCCCCCGCCGCCGCCCCCAGAGUCGAAGAGGCCAGCCGGCAAGAGCGCGCCGAGUGCGGAGGAGGAGCAGAAGAAGGAGAAGCGCGAGAAGAAGGAUAAGAAGGCAAAAGAGGACAAGGAGGAGAAGGGGACGAACGACAAGAGUGACGAAGGUAAAAAAGACAAGGACGACACAAAAGAGGACAAGAAGCACAAGAAGGAGCGCAAGGAGAAGAAGGACAAGUGA